ACUUUCGGCCCGGCUGCGGGAAGCUCAUCGCAGCUAGCCAAUCAGAGGCGUCAGUGCCUGUUUUCCCGCUUACUUCAUUGUUCAGCCGCAUACAAACGUCGCGAGUUUGACGCCGGACAUCUCAUCUUAUCUCACGAUUCAUACACGUAGCGCCAAUUGACACUGGCUCCGCUGUUCUCAGUCAGUCCGCGGCACGAGUCUGACUGUCCGUUGUCUCCAUCAUGCCUUAGACAGGGUCCUACGGUUUUACCAACUCUGAUUCCCAGACCUUUUGCAAACGCUCGCGGAUCGAACAAACUAGUGGAAAUUGACAACCCCUCCAUACAACACAGUGCAACCCUGUCCCUACCGUCUCGAUCUAUCCGUCCGCGCACCAGCCGAUUUCAAUUCCCCCCAGCUGCCUAGGAAUCUGAUACACUGUCCUCACCUGUUCUCCACUUCAUAUCGAAAUUCCUGUACCAUUUUACAAACGAAUCUUGUUGGGUGAACGAAUUCCAAUCUCUAGCCUACUCCCUUCUUUUUUUUCCAUGUCCCACUGGGCCAACCUGUUAUGGUAGUGCCAGGGGCAUAGCUGCUAGACAAAGAAGUGACGAACACCUGACGAAAUUCCUACAACCGCUCAGGACGUGAAACCAACAAGCCGGCUGAAGGAAGUAUUCCCCCGAAUGUGGCUGCAGGGCCAUCGUCAACGCCUACAGCACCCCCAAUACCACCACUUACCCCAGACGGCUCGAAACGAUUUGCCUCUGUGAUUAAAUACUUUCGCCCUUCCAAAGCCCGUAGUACUACCAUAUCCACAACUUGGCCUUCGAGAAAAUUCGUUUCGAAGGGCCCCGCAAAAGCUCCAGCGGAGGGAAUUCCACGCAAUAAGAUCCCUGACGAGUUCCGUCUUGCAACUCCAACUACUCCCAAAGCACCAGAUCUGGACCCGUUUCGGCGCCCAAGUUUACCCGUCCCUGCUGCUGUGUUGGAACCUGGUCUCAGCCAAAAUCUUCAGCUGGAAAAGAGGUUUCUGGAGUACCAGGAGCCGAGGGAGAACGGUAACCGGAAAAGCUCGUUAUCCUUUUCUGAAGGUGGACUUCACUCUGUGCCAAAAAGCCCGCCACCAAUCGAGACACCAACCGGAAAAGCAGGCCCCGAAUCACCGCUUGUGCGGUCGUCUACCAAUAAAACACUUAAUACGUCGAACCAGUCAACCGCAAUUGUGCUUAAAACGAUGGCGUCUAAUAUCACUAGUGGGGCCCAGUAUGACUCUUUUCAGGAGCAAAAUGCUGGACUGAAUACUGCAACUGGAAACCAACCUGCCCCUUCAAAUCUGCAAAGUGGUCACAAUACAUCGUCAGGCCCGACGAAUUUAUCUGGCCUGGUGUGUAAUGUUCAUCGAACGACAGGCAGAGAACCCCACCCGCUUGUGGGGCCUUCCAGCACCGUUCUUGGAGAUAAGCUAUAUGUAUUUGGGGGGCGGCUGCAGUCAAGAAGCAGGCCCGAGCUGUUAACCAAUGAGAUGUACGAAUUGGAUUUGGUACGUCGUCACUGGACCAAAUUAGAGACGACGGGGGACAUUCCCCCUCCACGUUAUUUCCACACAGUAUGUGCUUUGGGCGAUUCGAAACUGGUUUGCUACGGCGGCAUGUCUGCGAAAACUGCUGUUCCAGGUCAGCCUCCCGCGAAUCCAAACCCAAAUGCGCAACAACCAGGGCAGGAAUCACAGCAAGGAGUUGUGCUUUUGUCAGAUAUAUAUAUCUUUGAUGUGCCUAGUAGAACGUGGGUUUUUAUUCCGACCGCCAACGCCCCCCGGGGAAGAUAUGCCCAUUGUGCAACAAUUCUACCCUCCGGCGCUGCUUUCGGCUCCUCUGAUGCCCCUCUGUCCGCUCUCCACCAUAACCCUUCUUCGUCUAAUCCCCACCAAGGGACGCUAGGUGUAGAGAUUGAUGGAUAUGGAGGGGCGGAGAUGAUCGUUGUUGGUGGCCAGGAUACGUCGAAUCAUUAUUUUGAAGAAAUAAAUGUUUUUAAUCUGCGAAGCCUAAAAUGGACUUCCACCACCUCUCUUGAUCGCAGUUGCGGAGCCUAUCGCAGUGUUGCUACCCCUUUGAUCGGGGUGAACGCUUCCGAUAUUGGAGGUGGGGUUGAAGUGGAAGGGUUCAGGGACCCGACGAAGCCAGAUGCCCAGAAACCAGAUCCCCUGCUGUUGAUAUAUUCAAAUUACAAUUUCUUAGAUGUCAAAUUAAAUCUGCAGUUCCGUUUACCUGACGGAAAACUAAUCGAGAAGCCAAUGAAUGGCACGGUUUCGCCUCCCGGCUUACGGUUCCCCAAUGGAGGCAUUAUUAAUGGACAUUUUGUGGUUAGCGGUACUUAUCUUACGUCUUCCAAACAAGAGUAUGCAAUGUGGGCUCUGGAUUUGAAAACACUUACGUGGGGCCGGAUUGACGCCGGAGGAGCCAUUUUUGGACACGGCAGUUGGAAUCGCGGUGUCCUGUGGAGUAGGCGAAGCACAUUCGUCGUUAUGGGACAUCGGAAGCGAAGUUUAGUUGAAGAUUACAACCACCGGCGCAUCAAUUUCUCGCACAUUUGUUUUGUGGAACUCGAAGCAUUCGGCCUAUAUGAGAAUCCACGACGAAGCUCCCCGACUUCGGGGUAUGUCUCUGUAAGCAGCCCCAUGGUACCUGCUUCUUUACAAGCAAAGAUUUCCCAGCAUGGUCCCGGAGGUCGACCAUUAUCUACCGCAGCGGAAGAGUUCGGCAAGAUGGCCCUAUCACUUCGGGAGUUGUCUGAUAUGGAGUUGCUCACCAUUGGCGGCGAACGUAUCCCGGUUAACUCACAUAUUUUGGCUCGUCGUUGGGGCCCAUAUUUUAUUCAACUUCUCCGUGAAUCUACAGCCUCGGAAGAGAUCAUGUCCGAUUCCGCUACCCUACGCCAGCAGCCCUCAUCUCACCCUAGCCGAAACUCUAGCAUCACAAUAACACCUUCAGUGGGCAACAGCAGCAACUAUUCUACCGCGACGACCCUAGUCGGUCGCAGUAGCUCAUCAUCCAACCGGAAAGCCGCCCCGUCGCUCCUCCCCAACCUCGAAAUCCCCUCCGCACACACCCUUACACCAACUUCCCGCCCUAGAACUCUAUAUCUCCCGCAUACCCAUCUAACCGUCCAACUUCUCGUCCAAUAUCUGUAUACUUCCUCACUCCCACCCCCUGGCUCCCAGCUCUGCACCCCGCAAAUCCUCUGCUCUCUCCUCCAGCUCGCACGCCCCUACCAGGUCGACGGCCUACUCGAAGCCACGGUCGAACGACUACACCAAGUUCUAGACGGCCGGAAUGCUGCAGCUGUUUUCAACGCAGCCGCCAUGGCUGCGGGCGGAGGCCGUGGCACAGGCUUUGCCAGCGGACCUGGUGGAACGCUCGAAGUUCUAAACGGCGCACACUCGCGCUCCAACGCCGUCGAGUCCGCCACAGAUCCAAUGAGCAGGCUGAAUCUCAACUCAAAUUCCUCAGAUACAGAGUCCGGAGACACAACGGGGCCUCGGUCGGGUGCAAUUGGUCGAGGCGUUGGUGGUGGUAGUGGACUUGGAGCCACCCAACGUCGCACAUCAAGCGCCCAGCGACCCGCCAACCUUCGCAUUAACACCACAAAUUUGAACUCUGGAAGCACAGCCGGCGGCAACCGCAACCGCGCCGAAUCAGUCAGCAGCGCAGCAAGCACGGCCACAUCAGCAUCGACAAAUACCAGCCUCAGCUUCUCAGAAUCAAUGGGUGCGGAUGAUAUUGCUCAUCAUAAUGAACACAUGAAUAAUAACAUGGAUGAUGACAUGCUUAGCCAUGGGCGCGGGCGGGCCAAGCCUGAACGGGAGAUUUGGACAGGUGAGAUUAGUAGUGUUGUUGGGCUGCAGAAGAGAGGAUUACGUGGAUUGAUGGAGGGGAGACGGAUGAGGGAAAGGGGUGGGAGGCCGACUACUAGUACACCUGGGACGGCUGGUGGGGAUGGUGGGGGUGGUGGGGGUGGUGGUGAGGGCGCAAAUGCAGCUGCCACCAGCGGAGGGCCACAGGCGACGUCUACGGUUAUCGCUGGCGCCGCCGUGGGUGGUGGGGGGUAGAUGAGGAAUGAGGCAGAAGCAAAAACGGAGGGUAAUCUGUGUCUGUGCUUCAAUAGGCGUUUAGGGACUGACGUUAUGAUGCAAAUGAUUUUACAUUCUUUUUCUGGGUUCCUGGUUCUUUUUAUUUUUACCCUCUUCCCCCUUCACCUCUUCUCUUCACCUCUACUCUACUCCAUUUCGAUGCCCCCUCCUUUGUCUUCGCGUUUUUAUCUUCACUAUUCCCCCCUUCCCUUACUUCGUUGUCAUUUCGCCCAGCUAACCUCUCUUCGUGGAUCUUAUGACUUUAUCCGAUAUCAUUUGUAUAUACACAUGUAUGCUUCUCGAAGCAUGCAUUUAUUUUUUCUCCCAAUCAACUCCUUUGGCUUGCUUGAAAAUUUUUUGGAUAUUUCUUUUUGUUCUUUUUGUUCUUUUUUUUUUUUUUUUUUUUUUUUUUUUUUUCCUCAUCGUAUGUUUUUCCACUUAACUCAUUUGAGUGUAUGGGGGGAGAGUGUAGUAAUUACAAAAUGAAUUGCAAUGUAAAACGUAGGUAUUUAGAAAGGGUGGGUGAUUGAUGUAACGGAUGGUAUGUGGAUACAAAUCUCCACAUUUUUUUCUUCUUUGUUUUCUUUUGGUUUUUAUGAAGGAAAGAGAGAAGAAGGGGAGAGCAUUAAAAAGGAGGGGAAUACGAUGAUUAAUAGUAAAGCCUAGAACUUCGAUGAGAAGAGGGGAAAUGGGACGAGCAAUUGAGAAAGAAAUGAAGAUAAAAAAAAAACAAAAAAACAACCAUUCGCCAUUUGAGAGCUAGAUAUUGAGAGUAGCGAAUCAUACCGAAGAAAGACCAUGACGGGUAGCAAAACACCCAAGUAGCAAAAUCUUGAAAAAUAUAUAUGAUGCAUUGAACAUGAUGUGGGGCAGAUGGAAGAGUAAAAAUUUACAAUCCCAGGGGAAAAGGAGAGAGGUGCCAG